AUGGAUGGGGGUGAUGGCAACGCAGCAGAGCGUGCUAGCAACGCAGCAGAGCGUGCUAGCAACGCAGCAGAGCGUGCUAGCAACGCAGCAGAGCGUGCUAGCAACGCAGCAGAGCGUGCUAGCAACGCAGCAGAGCGUGCUAGCAACGCAGCAGAGCGUGCUAGCAACGCAGCAGAGCGUGCUAGCAACGCAGCAGAGCGUGCUAGCAACGCAGCAGAGCGUGCUAGCAACGCAGCAGAGCGUGCUAGCAACGCAGCUGGGCGUGCUAGCAACGCAGCAGAGCGUGCUAGCAACGCAGCAGAGCGUGCUAGCAACGCAGCAGAGCGUGCUAGCAACGCAGCAGAGCGUGCUAGCAACGCAGCAGAGCGUGCUAGCAACGCAGCAGAGCGUGCUAGCAACGCAGCAGAGCGUGCUAGCAACGCAGCAGAGCGUGCUAGCAACGCAGCAGAGCGUGCUAGCAACGCAGCAGAGCGUGCUAGCAACGCAGCAGAGCGUGCUAGCAACGCAGCAGAGCGUGCUAGCAACGCAGCAGAGCGUGCUAGCAACGCAGCAGAGCGUGCUAGCAACGCAGCUGGGCGUGCUAGCAACGCAGCAGAGCGUGCUAGCAACGCAGCAGAGCGUGCUAGCAACGCAGCAGAGCGUGCUAGCAACGCAGCAGAGCGUGCUAGCAACGCAGCAGAGCGUGCUAGCAACGCAGCAGAGCGUGCUAGCAACGCAGCAGAGCGUGCUAGCAACGCAGCUGAGCGUGCUAGCAACGCAGCAGAGCGUGCUAGCAACGCAGCAGAGCGUGCUAGCAACGCAGCAGAGCGUGCUAGCAACGCAGCAGAGCGUGCUAGCAACGCAGCAGAGCGUGCUAGCAACGCAGCAGAGCAUGCUAGGCAACGCACUGGGCGUGCUAGCAACGCAGCAGAGCGUGCUAGCAACGCAGCAGGAGAGCGUUCUAACAACGCAGCAGAGCGUGCUAGCAACGCAGCAGAGCGUGCUAGCAACGCAGCUGGGCGUGCUAGCAACGCAGCAGAGCGUGCUAGCAACGCAGCAGAGCGUGCUAGCAACGCAGCAGAGCGUGCUAGCAACGCAGCAGAGCGUGCUAGCAACGCAGCAGAGCGUGCUAGCAACGCAGCAGAGCAUGCGAGCAACGCAGCAGAGCGUGCUAGCAACGCAGCAGAGCGUGCUAGCAACGCAGCAGAGCGUGCUAGCAACGCAGCAGAGCGUGCUAGCAACGCAGCUGAGCGUGCUAGCAACGCAGCUGGGCGUGCUAGCAACGCAGCAGAGCGUGCUAGCAACGCAGCAGAGCGUGCUAGCAACGCAGCAGAGCGUGCUAGCAACGCAGCAGACAACGCAGCAGAGCGUGCUAGCAACGCAGCAGAGCGUGCUAGCAACGCAGCAGGAGACCGUGCUAGCAACGCAGCUGGGCGUGCUAGCAACGCAGCUGGGCGUGCUAGCAACGCAGCAGAGCGUGCUAGCAACGCAGCAGAGCGUGCUAGCAACGCAGCAGAGCGUGCUAGCAACGCAGCAGAGCGUGCUAGCAACGCAGCAGAGCGUGCUAGCAACGCAGCAGAGCGUGCUAGCAACGCAGCAGAGCGCGCUAGCAACGCAGCAGAGCGCGCUAGCAACGCAGCAGGGCGCGCGAGCAACGCAGCAGGGCGCGCGAGCAACGCAGCAGGGCGCGCGAGCAACGCAGCAGGGCGCGCGAGCAACGCAGCAGAGCGUGCGAGCAACGCAGCAGAGCGUGCUAGCAACGCAGCAGAGCGUGCUAGCAACGCAGCAGAGCGUGCUAGCAACGCAGCAGAGCGUGCUAGCAACGCAGCAGAGCGCGCUAGCAACGCAGCAGAGCGCGCUAGCAACGCAGCAGAGCGCGCUAGCAACGCAGCAGAGCGUGCUAGCAACGCAGCUGGCAACGCAGCAGGGCAUGCGAGCAACGCAGCUGGGCAUGCUAGCAACGCAGCAGAGCGUGCUAGCAACGCAGCAGAGCGUGCUAGCAACGCAGCAGAGCGUGCUAGCAACGCAGCAGAGCGUGCUAGCAACGCAGCUGGGCGUGCUAGCAACGCAGCAGAGCGUGCUAGCAACGCAGCAGAGCGUGCUAGCAACGCAGCAGAGCGUGCUAGCAACGCAGCAGAGCGUGCUAGCAACGCAGCAGAGCAUGCGAGCAACGCAGCAGAAAGUGCGAGCAACGCAGCAGAGCGUGCUAGCAACGCAGCAGAGCGUGCUAGCAACGCAGCGGAGCGCGCGAGCAACGCAGCAGAGCGCGCGAGCAACGCAGCAGAGCGCGCGAGCAACACAGCAGAGCGCGCGAGCAACGCAGCAGAGCGCGCGAGCAACGCAGCACAGCGCGCGAGCAACGCAGCAGAGCGCGCUAGCAACGCAGCAGAGCGUGCUAGCAACGCAGCAGAGCGCGCGAGCAACGCAGCACAGCGCGCGAGCAACGCAGCAGAGCGCGCUAGCAACGCAGCAGAGCGUGCUAGCAACGCAGCAGAGCGCGCGAGCAACGCAGCAGAGCGCGCUAGCAACGCAGCAGAGCGCGCUAGCAACGCAGCAGAGCGCGCUAGCAACGCAGCAGAGCGCGCUAGCAACGCAGCAGAGCGCGCUAGCAACGCAGCAGAGCGCGCUAGCAACGCAGCAGAGCGUGCGAGCAACGCAGCAGAGCGUGCGAGCAACGCAGCAGAGCGUGCUAGCAACGCAGCAGAGCGUGCUAGCAACGCAGCUGAGCGUGCUAGCAACGCAGCUGAGCGUGCUAGCAACGCAGCUGAGCGUGCUAGCAACGCAGCUGAGCGUGCUAGCAACGCAGCAGAGCGUGCUAGCAACGCAGCAGAGCGUGCUAGCAACGCAGCAGAGCGUGCUAGCAACGCAGCAGAGCGUGCUAGCAACGCAGCAGAGCGUGCUAGCAACGCAGCAGAGCGUGCUAGCAACGCAGCAGAGCGCGCUAGCAACGCAGCAGAGCGCGCUAGCAACGCAGCAGAGCGCGCUAGCAACGCAGCAGAGCGUGCGAGCAACGCAGCAGAGCGCACUAGCAACGCAGCAGAGCGUGCGAGCAACGCAGCAGAGCGUGCGAGCAACGCAGCAGAGCGUGCUAGCAACGCAGCUGAGCGUGCUAGCAACGCAGCUGAGCGUGCUAGCAACGCAGCUGAGCGUGCUAGCAACGCAGCUGAGCGUGCUAGCAACGCAGCUGAGCGUGCUAGCAACGCAGCAGAGCGUGCUAGCAACGCAGCAGAGCGUGCUAGCAACGCAGCAGAGCGUGCUAGCAACGCAGCAGAGCGUGCUAGCAACGCAGCAGAGCGUGCUAGCAACGCAGCAGAGCGCGCUAGCAACGCAGCAGAGCGCGCUAGCAACGCAGCAGAGCGCGCUAGCAACGCAGCAGAGCGCGCUAGCAACGCAGCAGAGCGCGCUAGCAACGCAGCAGAGCGCGCUAGCAACGCAGCAGAGCGCGCUAGCAACGCAGCAGAGCGUGCGAGCAACGCAGCAGAGCGUGCGAGCAACGCAGCAGAGCGUGCGAGCAACGCAGCAGAGCGUGCUAGCAACGCAGCUGAGCGUGCUAGCAACGCAGCUGAGCGUGCUAGCAACGCAGCUGAGCGUGCUAGCAACGCAGCUGAGCGUGCUAGCAACGCAGCUGAGCGUGCUAGCAACGCAGCUGAGCGUGCUAGCAACGCAGCUGAGCGUGCUAGCAACGCAGCAGAGCGUGCUAGCAACGCAGCAGAGCGUGCUAGCAACGCAGCAGAGCGUGCUAGCAACGCAGCAGAGCAUGCGAGCAACGCAGCAGAGCGUGCUACCAACGCAGCAGAGCGUGCUAGCAACGCAGCAGAGCGCGCUAGCAACGCAGCAGAGCGCGCUAGCAACGCAGCAGAGCGCGCUAGCAACGCAGCAGAGCGCGCUAGCAACGCAGCAGAGCGCGCUGAUAGGAUUCAAGAAUAA